AUGCAAUGCAAACUCGUUCGACAAUGUGAAUUUUCUGUUCAAUCCGCCGAACCGGCAUUGGAAUGGUCGGAUUCGGUAGUCACAGGCUUAGACUCUCGUGCUUACGGCACAAUGCUCCGUCGCUGCAUUCAUCAGAACGACCCAGUUUCAGCGAAAGCUAUUCACUGCGACGUCGUGAAGCGAGGCAGCUGCUUGGACCUCUUCGCCGCAAACAUUUUACUCAACGCCUACGUCAAACUUGGGUUCGCGAAAGAUGCGAUGAAGCUGUUCGACGAAAUGCCUGAGAGAAACAAUGUCUCGUUCGUCACUCUCAGUCAAGGGGACGCGUGUCGAGACCCCGUUGGUUUGUACACCAGGUUGCAUCGAGAAGGCCAUGAGCUUAAUCCACACGUCUUCACUUGCUUCUUGAAGUGGUUCGUCAAAUUGGACAUACCUGAGAUUUGUUGGUGGCUGCAUUCUCCUAUCGUUAAGCUCGGUUAUGACUCCAAUGCCUUUGUUGGAGCUGCGCUUAUCAGUGCUUACUCUGCCUGUGGUUUUGUUGAUAGUGCAAGAUCUGUUUUUGAAGGGAUUUCUUGCAAGGACGAUGUUGCUUGGAACGGGAUUGUAUCUUGCUACGUGGAGAAUGAGUGUUUCGAGGAAGCUAUUGAGCUCUUGUUUCGUAUGGGGAUGGAUGGUUUCAUGCCAAACAACUACACGUUUGCUAUGGCGCUUAAAGCUAGUAUUGGGCUCGGCGCAUUUGGUUUCGCCAAGGGUGUUCAUGGACGAGUUCUUAAAACAUGUUACGAGAAGGAUCCUCAUGUGGGUGUUGGUUUGCUUCAGCUGUAUACACAGCUCGGAGAUAUGACUGAUGCGCUCAAAGUAUUUAAUGAAGUGCCAAAGAAUGAUGUGAUUCCUUGGAGCUUUAUGAUUGCUCGUUAUGGUCAGAACGGUUUUUGCAGUGAGGCGGUUGAUCUGUUUGUGAGAAUGAGAGAAGCUUUCGUUGCUCCUAAUGAGUUUACGUUAACCAGUAUUUUGAACGCGUGUGCCAUUGGGAAGUGUUAUGGCUUAGGGAAGCAAAUCCAUGGUCUUGUGGUGAAAGAUGGAUUUGAUUUGGAGGUUUACGUCUCAAAUGCUCUUAUUGAUGUAUACGCCAAGUGUGAGAAAAUGGAUACCGCUGUGAAGUUGUUUGAUGAGUUAUCAUGUAGAAAUGAGGUAAGCUGGAACACAGUCAUCGUUGGGUAUGGGAAUCUAGGUGAGGGAGAAGAAGCGUUAAACAUGUUUCGUGAAGCGCUGAGAAGUCAGGUAUCAGUUACUGAAGUGACUUGCUCAAGUGCUAUUGGAGCUUGUGCUUCUUUAGCGAGCAUGGAGCUCGGUGUCCAAGUUCAUGGUUUGGCGAUAAAAACGAACAACGCCGAGAAAGUUGCAGUGAACAACUCACUGAUUGACAUGUAUGCGAAAUGUGGUGAUAUCAAAGACGCACAGUCUGUGUUCGACGAGAUGGAAACCAAAGACGUGCCUUCGUGGAAUGCGUUGAUCUCAGGGUAUUCCACGCAUGGACUGAGUAGAGAGGCGUUGAGAAUCUUCGACGUUAUGAAAAAUAGUGAUUGCAAGCCAAACGGGUUAACAUUUCUUGGUGUUCUUUCCGGAUGCAGCAAUGCAGGAUUAGUAGAAGAAGGUCAAGACUGUUUUGAGUCUAUGAUUCGAGACCAUGGUAUUGAACCAUGUAUAGAACAUUAUACGUGUAUGGUCAGGCUUUUGGGAAGAUCAGGGCGGCUUGAGGAGGCGAUGGAACUGAUUGAAGGGAUUCCUUAUCAGCCUAGCGUUAUGAUCUGGCGUGCAAUGCUCAGUGCCUCGAUUGGUCAGAACAAUGUAGAGUUUGCAAAGAGAUCGGCAGAGGAGAUACUUAAGAUCAAUCCAAAGGACGAGGCCACGUAUGUUCUAUUAUCGAACAUGUACGCAGGUGCAAAACAAUGGGCAGACGUUGCGUUAGUCAGGAGAAGCAUGAAGGAAAAAGGUGUAAAGAAGGAGCCUGGUUUAAGUUGGAUAGAGCAUCAAGGAGAUGUGUAUUACUUCGGCGUGGGAAUGUUAUCUCAUCAUCCGGAUAUGAAGCUUAUUAAUGGAAUGCUGGAAUGGCUUAACAUGAAAGCAAAGCGAGCUGGUUAUGUUCCUGAUCGGAGUGCUGUCCUGCUCGAUAUGGAGGAUGAAGAAAAGGAUAAGAGAUUGUGGGUUCACAGCGAGAGGUUGGCUUUGGCGUUUGGGCUUGUUCGAACGCCAUUGUCAAGAAAUCGUAUUUUGAUCAUCAAGAAUCUACGUAUAUGCUCGGAUUGUCACAGUGCUAUGAAAGUGAUAUCACGUAUCGUGCGGAGAGAUCUUGUUAUCCGUGAUAUGAACCGUUUCCAUCAUUUUCAUAAAGGAGUCUGCUCUUGCGGUGACCAUUGGUGA